GGACAGCAGGAUGGAGCACAGGGUGUGGACUUUGUGCCUUCUUGUCAUUUUGACUCCAGGAUGGACGGAGGCUCAGAAUCAGACCAACUUCACCAGGCCUACGUUCCACUGUGGAGGCCACCUGGUCACAGACUCGGGCAUCGUGGCCAGCGAAGGCUUCCCCAGUCACUACAAGCCCAACAGUAAAUGCACCUGGUACAUCACUGUCCCGGAGGGUCAUGUGGUCAUGCUGUCUUUCCGCCUCUUCGACAUGGAGGCUGACCCCACCUGUCGGUACGACUACCUGGACGUCUACAACGGUCACUCCCGCUUAGUGCAGAAGCUGGGUCGUUUCUGCGGGACGUUCAGACCCGGUGCGCUCAUCUCCACCUCCAACACCAUGAUGUUAGAGAUGGUGUCGGAUGAGGCCACCGGAGGACGAGGCUUUCUGGCCUCUUUCAACGCAGGAAAGCCACACAUGGAAGAGAAUCAGUUCUGUGGAGGACGGCUGACCAAAUCACAGGGCUCUGUCAAGACACCCAACUGGCCCAACGCUGAUUACCCAGCAGGCAUCAGCUGCUCCUGGCACAUCUCGGUAGAGCCGAGCAAUGUGAUCGAGGUGAAGUUUGAGAAGUUGGACCUGGAGCCUGACACAUACUGUCGCUACGACUAUGUGGCGCUGUUUAAUGGAGGAGAGAGGGACAACUCAAGAAGAAUCGGGAAAUUCUGUGGAGACAAGCCACCAGAAACCAUAGUGACCAAUGGGAACGAGCUCCUCGUCCAGUUCGUCUCCGACCUGAGCGUCACCUCAGAUGGCUUCAUGGCCCACUACUCCAGUGUGCCCCGUGGGUCCCGAACACCCACCAUCGGGGGAGACUUCAUCUACAGACCUCAGACGACGUCCACGCCACAGAAAACAGCCGUGCCGCCAAGAAGACCCACCAAACCAACCCCCAAACCUAAACCUGCUCCCCAGCCGAAGCCCAGCAAAAAACCACUGGUGAAGAAACCUCCACUACGCAAACCUACCGCCAAGCCUGCAGUCAAGCCCACGGCUAAACCCAAACCAAGUAAACCCACACCUAAGGCACCUGUGAAAAAGCCCACACCUAAACCUGGAGUUAAACCUACACCCAAACCUAAGUUAAUCAAGCCAACGCUCAAACCAAACGUUAAGACUAAACCCACACGUAAGCCUACGCCGAAGCCCAAGCCCACCUUAAAACCUGCCGUCAAACCAAUAAAGCCAACUCUCAAGAGUGGAGUUAAACCAACAAUCAAACCUAAAGCGACACCUAAACCAGGACCGAGCAAGACUGUGACGAAGAAGCCUGCUGUGAGCAAGAAACCUUUACCGCUGAACCCGCUGUGUACACAAGCCUGUAAGAGGACAGGAACUCUCCAGUCCAGCUUCUGCCCUCAUGACUUUGUGAUCACGGGUAAGGUUACAUCUUUGACCGCUGGUCCGGGGGGUUCUGCAACAGUUGAGGUGUCCCUGAUCAAGGCCUAUAAGACAGGACGCCUCAACAUCACCAAAUCAGGGCCCAUCUUGUCGGUCAACCUGACCUCCACCUGCAAGAGAUGCCCCGGGAUAACCAGAGGCCUGAACUACGUCUUAAUGGGAAAAGUUGACGGACAGGGCAACGGCCAUCUGAGCCCCUCCAGCUUCACUCUCCUCUACAAGCCCAUCCACGCCAAAGCACUGGCCAACCUCUCCCGCAAAUCGUGCUGACAUGACAACCCAAUCCACCAAUCACUAAUUCAACAGCCCUGAUCCCUCUAAAAACAUGUAACUUACAUAAAGACUGAAAAUAAUAUUAGCAAUAUCUAAACUAUAAUUUUUUAAAAUGAAAUAAUACAGUUUUAAGUCUAAUUACAGCAUUAUUAUAUUUUGUAUUUUGUAUGUAAAUUAUAAUAUUUUUCUCUGUCUUAAAA